CUGGCAGCCGGAGCUGUGCUCGCCCAGCCUGUUGCUGCCUCCACCCGAGCCGGGCGCUGCCGCUCCCCGUGCCCCGCUCCGGCGGGGAUGCUGCUCCGGAGGAACCCCAGGGAGAGCCGUCCCUGCCCGGGAGAUCAAUAGCAGAGGAGGAAAAGUGCACUUGGCUGAAAGGACACUGCCCGGACUGCGGAGAUAAGACAGCAAAUCCCUUCUGCACGGAGCGCGCUGCCCGCGGGAGAUGUUCCCGGGGAAUCACCGCCCAGCUCGGGGUGUGAAGGGACUCCUGUGCCUCAUCCCAGCGCUGCUGCCCCCAAAGAAAGAAAGCUGCCUUUUUGACCGUUCCUGAUGAAAAACUCAGAACUCCAUACUCCUUAACCCCUGAAUUAGGAGAGAAGAGAUUCCCCCAGAUGUUUGGCAAAGCAGAAAACAACCUUCCCCAGCUCACCCAAGGAUAAACCCAAACCACCUGCUGUGGGAGAGAGAAGCUGAGUGCUCAGUCUGCCUGGAAAAACAAUUUGCAAAGACCAAAGCUGUGCAAACCUUCGCAGCUCAGCUUGAGAGAAGGACCAAAGCUUUUCACCAUCCAAACGAGGUGACCUACCCAAAAGGAGGCCCAAAGUAUUUUUAGGACUGAAUAAAAGCCAGAAGGAAGUGUAAAGCACAAGUGUGAUGCUCGUUGUCAUUAUGACAGCAAGGUGUAAAAUGGUUUGCAAAGGCCUGUCCCUCGCAGUUUGCUUAACUGUGUGAGCAGCAGCCUUGACACCGAGAGGAUGGAGCAUCUCCUGCUGAAGCCAUCAUGUCAUCUGUGCUAAGUUUCCUCUCCUGACCUCCUUUGCGAGUCUGGUGAGGGGAGACAGGAGAUCUGAGGGUAAAUCCAGAAAAUGGACCAAAGCUGACAGAGAGCAAUGACUGAGAUUUAUUUCAAGUUCCGUGGAAACCUGACUGGCCGUGUCCACCUUCCGACUCUGGCCACUGAAGUAGACACAACAGCAGACAAAUAUUCCGGCCUCUACGUGUACGUGGGGCUGUUCCUAACCCUGCUGGCUCUGCUCCUGAUCCUGCUUUUCUCCAUGCUCCUGCGCCUGAAGCACGUUGUGUCUCCCAUCACCUCCCCGGAGAGCACGGAGAACGUGCAGCAGUUCACCGACGUGGAAAUGCACAGCAGGAUCCCCAGCACUUAGGGAGCCCACUGCAGAGAGGGCUCUGUGCUCAGGAAGGGUGUUUUGUUCAGAAAAAGGUGGUGGGAAGAAGCUCUGGCUGCCUGUUGAGCCCCACGAGCUCUUGCAGAACCCUCAGCAGCAUCUGGAGAGUGUCACAGGCAGCACCCAUUAGAGUGAGUGUGCAGCAGCUCCCAUUAAAUCGACAUUACAGAAACCUGCUGCUGCCAGGGAGGGCUCACACCCCUCUGAAAGCCCUGCAGAAAAUGGGAAAACCCACAUUAAUGACAGCCAAAAACACAGAGAAACACAGCAGAACGUGUCCUGGAGCCUGUUUGCUGACCUCUCUGUCUGAAUCAACAAAGUUGAAGUGGUGUGAGUGGGAAGAGCCCACGGGGCACACACAGAAAGUGUCAGCGGCUUGAAAAUUCUCAGGCAUUUCUCCCAUUCAAGAAGGAAAACAUUGAAUUGUUCUCUUUUUUCACUUGAAUGGCACUUAAACAAUGGAGUUUCACAAAUACAGAAAUGUUUCAUCACCUGCUAGGACUAUGUCUUUCUGACAUUAGAACCCAUUUAAUGAAUAGUUGCAGGCCAGAUAUCAAAAAGAGACAGAACUUUAAAGAGUAAAGAGAAUAAAGCCAAAUUUAAGCAAGAUUUAAAAUAAAAAGAAGCAGCAGCAGCAAGAAAUGAGAUAAAAAAUGUUGAAAGACACUCUACCUCUUCUUUUUUCCUCCUUUACAUUAACUGAGCUGAAUACAAACAUUUUUAUGCCUUUUAGGCUCCACAGUAUCACUCAGUAAUUAAAAUUACACUCAGUAAAAGUGUAAGCUUUGGAAGCCCAAAUGAUAUUGCUUUCCAAACAGACUCAAGUUCAUAAUAAAAUGUUCUCUCAUACUGGGUUUUCUUCCUCAAAAGGCAGACGAGUUCUUCCAAAGUUUUUUCAUUUGUUUUUCUCCAAAGAAAUCUGAGGAAAUGCCCAGGCCUGGCACUGCAAUAAGGAAUAGUGGGAACAGCUUUGGACACAGACUAGCAGGGAACAUGCAGAUGGAAAAUAAACUCACUGAGCACUGAAAGAUAUGAUUGGAUUCAAAUAUCCUGAUGGAAUCUCAUGGGGGAAAGAAAUGUUUAUUUGAAUUUAUGGAACAACAAUCUGACCCAGUCCUGUGAGUGAUGUAGGCUUUGUUUCUGUGGAUGGAAAAGAUGGAACCAAAUAUGGCAAAUCACUCCUGGGAGAGCCACUGCUCCUCACAGAAAAACCUUCAGUGAAUUGUUUCAGCCACAUCUCGAAAGGGCAGGUAUUUUACACAGCUUGCCUACUUUAUUACAGUCUAACUCUGGUUCAGCAAUAAAAUCCCCUGGGUGUUUUCCACAUGUACAUACACUCUUAUUUGCCAAUUUUCCUCUCUCCAAGGGCUUGAAAAGUGUGAAGUCCUCACACAAACCCAGUGCAAAAUUAGAGAAGGCACCGUCACAUGGACCUGUGAUAGUAGCACAAAAUUUUUCUUCAAAUGCUCUGUGUACAAGAGGUUUUUUGCUUCCAUUUAAAUAUCUGGGUGAUCUGCUUGGCCUGGGAAUAUCUGGGCUUUUACAGAUGGUUGGCAGGGGGGAAGUGAAUGACAACAUCCCCACUCUGGAUCCAUGGGCAGGACUAGUGCUACUUCUCACUGAUGUAUUGAGUACAAAACCAUUUAAACAUUGCUUCCUUAUACUGAAUAAUUUCUUUUUACUUCAUUAACACUGAUGUCUGAUAAUCAUAGAAUCCCAGAAUGGUUAGAAAGGACCUUAAAAAAUCAUCUUGUCUCUGCCAUGGGCAGGGACACCUUCCACUAUGCCAGCUUGCUCCAAGCCCUGUCCAGCCUGGCUUGGGACAAUGAAGCAAAACAGGGAUUGUGUGAGGGAAUGCAGCAAAAAAUUCCCUCUCAGCAGUGUCUCUCCAUGCCAUGCUUGGCUGUGUUUCCCUGGAAAAAAGGCAGGCUGCAGGUUAUCCUCCAUGGGGACAGCAGCAGGCAGGUGUCUGAAGAUCGGCUCCUCGACUCUCAGUCCCACACAAGAGCCAGAAUUUUGUGUGAUGAUCAGGAUAUUAAUCCAACUAAGACAGAUGGCUACUGAGUUAGUCAAUGACAUUUAAGAUUAACAAAAAUCCAUGCUGCUCAAAUUGGUUUGGUAUGUGUCAUUCAUGAGGCAGCCCAGCCCAGGCUCAAUAUCUGACUUACCCUGGGAAACUUCUCCUUUCAAAAGUUACAGCUUACCCAGACCAGAAAUGUUCUAACAUGCUAAUUCAGCAACUAAACCACAUUAGCUUCCCAGCACAACUAUCUGCAGAAAAUCCUUGUGUCCAAGAGUCUGCAGGACAGAUUCAGCUUUUAUUGGCAGAUUUUUAUUGGCAUAAAAUAUCAGAUCUACUCAUGGAAAAUGAAAGUAUCAAAUUCUGAGUGCUCUGAUCUCAGCCAAAAUUGCAACUGAAGUACAUGUCAGGACUGAGCUUCUUUCCACCACACUAAGAAAUGUUAAUUCAGAAAAGUCUCACAACACUUUAAAACUUAUUCAGUAACUAUCCUUUAAAUAAAUGAGUAACCUCUUUAUAUAUCAGAUGGUAUCUUUGGGCAGACUGGGUAUUUUUAUACAUUACUCCUAUGGAAUGCAGCCCCAUCUCCUCACACAAAAAUGUUUUCCUUUCUAAAGCUUCAUUUCACAGAAAGUCUAUGUCCCACUUGACACACUUACAGCUCCAGAGGCACUCAGGGUGCCUCAUUUGUCUGUGCAAUGCCAGUUUAUUUUAAAACCUUUCCCACUGAGAAAUAGAAGAAUGCCUUUUCCCUCUUUUCUUUAUCAUUUGCAGUGUCCCAGACCUGAGGGUUGUGUCUGGGAAAAGAGACUGUUGGGAUGUGUUGGCCUGUGUUUGCUGAGUGGAGUGUGUUUGCCCUAGUGGAGUUUGUCAUUCUUUGAGAAGCUUUAAGAAGCUUUAAGAGGUUUUAAGAAGCAAUUACUGAACUUCUGCAGUUUUGCUGCAUCUUGGAGCAGUGCAGGUCUCCCAACCACACCCUUCCCCUCCUGCAGGCUGUUCCCUUCCCACUUGUCCAUCUGCUGUGGAAAAUGGGGUUUUUUACAAAAAUAAAGAGGCACAGUGCUACCAGUGGUGAGUCACUGACUGCUGUGUGUGUUCCCACCCGAGGAUCUGAGGGACCAGCUCACAACAAACAGCGGUGCCACUAUUCCAAACCAGCUGCUGGCCACAGGGAGUGUCUGGGCAAGAAAACCCUCUGGCAGUCUGUGUGAGUGUGGCUUGAACCUGCUCAGUUUGCCCCCAUCCUUACUCCCAUCAGACACUGGAAACAAACUGAGUGUUGAGUGAAUUCCUCACCUCCUCCAUGGCCUGCCUGCGGGGGAAGGCAGCCACCUGUUGUUCUGAAGGAGCAGAAAACGCCUGAGCAUCACCGCCCCUCUCACCAAAAACCCCCAGUGCUCCCAAAUCUCCCAGGAGAUGCUUAGUCUAGGAGCUGGCAGGAGUAUGGUAUGACUCCCCAAACCAUACAGGAUUAAUCCUUGGUUAAUCUCACCCACGUGAUUUCCAUCCACAAGCAUGAAUUUUCUGUAUUAACAGACCCUUAAGUAUUGAGCAGAAAGGGCUGAUAAUGGAGAAUAUGUUCCUUCUCUAUGCCAGAAUAAAAAUAAAUAUUUUCAUAUCCUCUCAGGGCUGCAGAGAAAAACUUGAUUUAGCAGACAUCAUAACUCAGCAGAGGAUUAACCCUGGUCCUUGAUCCUUCCCAAAGGAUUUUUAUUCGAUUUUACUUGAAAUAGAAAUAAAAAGUGUUCGAAACCCAAAAAUUAUGUGAAGUCACCCCUCCAUUUAACUGACAGCACUAAUGAAAACUUAGAUGUAUGACUUGUCCUCACUAGGAACUUUUAUAUCCUUACACAUCCUUACCCUGCAGUCACUGGGAAGUGCAGACUCCAGCUUUGGAGCAGGGUGGAGAGCAGGAGACCUGCAGACAACUCUGCUGGCAGGUAAUGCCACAAGUCACCUGCUUUGCUGCAGGUUAGGCAGCAAGUGAGGGGAAAUUGUGAAAUGGUUGCACUUUUCUUUUCAAAGAACAUCUUUGUGUUGUGUCUACACUUCAGCUUAAUUCUGGUACGGAAAGAAUGUUUGUUCACAGUUUAUUCCUGUGCCCUGCAUGAACCAGGCAGUUGUACAAUGGCAUUCAUGGCUAAAAACUCCAGAUAUAUCUGGAAAGGGGAAAUCCCAAGCAGUAUUUUUGUUGGUACAUGAGCUGGAGACUCAAAUGUUGACAUUUUGGUAGACAAAUAAAGCUAAAGAUGGUGAAGUCUGCUCAAUCUUUGUAGUGGGCUCAAAAAAAAAAAAAAAAAGACUUCACAGAUUGUUAAGGGAGAAGGAUAAAUACUUGUGGAUUGGGGAAGGUAUUUUCAGUUACAGUUCCUGACACAGAUUUCACAGCAAGGAACUGCAUGUUAUGCAUUCCAUCUGCCAAAAGCCUUAUCCCAUAAAGCCCUCUCAGAUCUUCACCUUUCUCAGGCUUUUCCAGAAGUUGUGAGGUUCCAGCAAGAGCCAGGGUAGUAUUCAAUUCCUGGUGUUCAUUCUAUGGGCACAAAUAUCAAAAUAAAGCCUAAAAAACCUACAAUGAUAAUUUGUUUUCUUGUACACUUGCUCUCCAGAAUGUGAUAUAUGAACAUUUCCUCCUCAGUCCUUUCAUUAUCAAGAAUAGUUAAAGUUUCAUCUAAGAUGACCGAUGUUAAGAGUGAAAAAAAUAAACCGGAUUUGAAUUUUGAUGGAUUGGGUUUUUCAAAGGUACUUAGAAUUUCUUCAGCUGAAGGCAAAAAGAAUUUGUCCAGCUGUAGUCAAAGCUAAUUUGUGAAAGCAGAUCUGGCUGCAAGAGGGAAGGUCUGUGCAAUUCAUAUGUAAUUAAUAAAUAACCCACUCCUUAUACUCCCACCUGCAUUUCAUGGCUAUGUAAACUUGUCAAACAAAUGAUGAAUAAUUCAAAAGACCUUCUCCUCCUUCCCUUCUCCUCCAGAUUUAUUAACCCAUUUUCAAAGUAUAAUUUGAUCAAGCUAAUAGCCACAGACUUCCUAAGCUGACUCUCUCUGCAUUAAUUCUCUCUGCAUGGCCAUAGUCCUACUCUCAUAGCACCAUUUAAUAAAAAUCAAUUACAAGACAACAAAAGGCACCUGAAAGCCAAAUGAGAGCUCAGCAACAUUCUUUGAUGCUUGAAAUCUGUUCUUCUUUGCAAGCAAGAAAUUUAUCUUACUUAAGCUGGGCUGUUGUUCUGAAGCCAGUUCCUCUUCAAGUCCUCAAACACUGGGACCACAAUAGCUACAGGAUGAAGUUUUUUAU